UAUAUACAUAUAUAUAUAUAUAUAUAUAAAUCACUCUCGCUCUCUCUCUCUCUCUCUCUCUCUCUCUCUCUGUCUGCCGUCGUUCGUUCGUUCGUUCGUUCGUUCGGUCGGUCGGUCGCGCAGUGUCAGUGAUCCCGACGACGCGGUUCCGCGCACGCGCUUCUCCAGCGCCGAUUUAUUUCGAAAUCCCCACCUGUUCACCCACUUUGUUUAUUUAUUAUUAAUGAGCGAGCUGCUACUGGCCAUUGUGCCGUGCUUACUGCCCUCUCGGACAUUUAAACGUUGCACGCAAAUAGUAGAGUGUGAGCCGCGAGGCGAGUCCAACGCUUCUGUUGUGCUCGCACUUGGUAGUCGAAAGCCGGCCUCCUGGCAUCUUGGCAGGAUUGUUGAGGUUAUGUGCUCGAGGAAACGUCAAGACUGAGGAGAAGAGGAGAGGACGCAACACACAGCAACAAUUACAGAGAGCGAGAGCGUCGCCCAAGAGCGAGGAGACUGUAACGGCUUAGCGGUCAUGCGAGUGACGUAAGCGUAAAGCAGAUAAAGAGGCUCGCAGCGAGGGAGGCAGACGCAGAGCGAACGAGGUCUGACGAGCGUCGCAGAGAAGGAUUAAACGGCGACAAUGGGCGAGCGUCGCGGCACGAAGGCACUGGAGCUGUGGUGCAGGAGGAUAACCGACGGCUAUCCGGGCGUCAACGUGCAAAACAUGACCACCUCCUGGCGGGACGGCCUUGCCUUUUGCGCCAUGAUUCACCACUUCCGGCCGGACCUCAUUGACUUCAGCAGCCUGAACAAGGACGACGUGUACGGGAACAACGAGCUGGCCUUCAGGACGGCCGAGCAGCAGCUGGGCAUCCCGGCGCUGCUGGACGCCGAGGACAUGGCCUCGUGCGCCGUGCCCGACCGGCUCUCCAUCCUCACCUACCUGUCGCAGUUCUACCAAGUGUUCGGUGGCUCGUCGCCCAGCAGACUGGCGCUCAACAGGACCUCGUCCGAGAGCUCGAGCGAGAGGAUGGGAUCGGUGCCCGAGUCCCCGCAGUCCAAGGUGAGCUCGCGUUUGGGGAUGCACAGGGAGCGGUGCGCAAGCUGUGGUGAGCCGGUGUUCCUGGCGGAGAAGCUGGUGGUGUCGCGCAGCGUUUAUCACCGCAGCUGCUUUCGGUGCGCGCGCUGCCGGCACCAGCUCACGCCGGGCAACUACUACGAGACCGAGGACGGCCAGUACUGCUGCGAGGCCUGCCCCGAGGACGAGCCGGGCCUCGAGCUCGCCGAGCACGCCGAGCUCGACCACCCGCCGCCGCUACCCCCGACCCCCGCUCCCCAGCUCACCAGCCAACGCGAGCACGCCGCCCAGCAGCAGCAGCAGCAGCUGCAACAGCAACAGCAGCAGCAGCAGCAGCAGACCCCGGCCGAGGCCUGCUCGGAGACGGCGCUCCUCGAAGCGCCGCUCAGCGACGAAGAGAAGAGCAAGCGCCGCGACCUCGAGCGGCUGCGGCUCCAGGGCGCGCCCGUCGCCGACGACUUGGACCAGAUGCUCGAGCUCAUCAACGAGCGCAUAGACCAACUGACCGGCGCCGACCGACCGGCGCCGCAGCCCGAGGCCGGCCCUGAGCGCCGGACGGGCCUGCGCAGGAGCAGCAGCCUCGGGCUCGUGACCGCCGACCCCGCAACCCGGCUGCUCGCGCCACGGCGCCGACUCUCACUCGGGCAGCGGCCGCGCGUGGAGGACGAGGGGCCCGCGCCGCCCGCGCGCGGCCCCGCCGACGGCGUCGCCGACUACCCGGACGAGCUCAACCCGUUCGCCGGCGGCGCCGAAGACGACGAGGGCGUCGGCGCCGGGGGCGCGCCCACGCCGACUCCCCCCGGCGCCCGCUCCGGCAACCCCUUCGGCAGCGACGACGAGGACGAGGGGGACCGCGGCGCCACGCCGCCGCGGCCCGCGGCCAGGACCCGGAGCCGGCGGCGCACGCUCGAGGCGCCGCGCAUCUGCCUGAACCCCUUCUGGAGCGACGGCGAGGAGCCGGGCGGCGAGGCCGAUCCGCCCGUGCCCCGGCCGCGCGCGCUCGGCCAGUCGGCCGCCGACGGCGCGCACUCGUCCGACGCCUCCAUCGCCAGCUCCUGCUCGACCCUCACGCCCGGCGGCACCUGGCGCCGGAAGAAGCCGGCGCCCGCGCCGCCCGACGGCGCCGCCCUCGCCGCCCCCGCCGCCGAGUCGCCCGCCCGGCGCAGCCCGUCGCCGCGGCUGACGCCCAGGACGCGGAAGAGCAGGCCCGCUCCGCCGCCGCCGUCCCCGCCGCCGUCCCCGACCGCCGACAAGGACAAGCUGAGCAAGGACCAGGCGAACCGCAACACGCGCAGCCUGGGCUGCGGCGAGUGCCCGCUCGACAAGAGUCUCGAGGGCAAGUGGAAGCGGAAAAAGGGCCCGGCGCCGCCGAGGCCCACGCCCCUCAGGCGCAAAAUCAAAGUCAUGUCGAUGAAAGACGUGAAACUCGAGCUCGAUCAGAUCGAGAUGCAACAGCAGGGCUUGGAGCGGCAGGGCGUGCGAUUAGAGCAGAUUAUUAGGGAUAAGUGCGAGUCGGGUACCGCUAGCGAAGAGGCAAGCUUGGCACUAGACGUGGAGGAGCUCGUACUGGAGCUGUUCGCUCUGGUCAACGAGAAGAACGAACUCUUCCGAAGACAAGCGGAACUGAUGCUCCUCAGACGACAGCAGAGGCUAGAAGAAGAGCACGCGGACAUUGAAUACCAAGUCAGGUGUCUUAUAACGCAACCGGAAGCCACUAAAACGGACUUCGAUAAGCAGAGGGAGGAGACUUUGAUCCAAAGGUUAGUGGACAUAGUCGAAAAACGAAACGAAAUCGUUGAGUGCCUUGAAAUGGAUCGUCGGCGGGAAAUUGAAGAAGAUCGUAGUAUACACAGAGAGAUGGAUCUAUAUGCUGCCAGAAAUAAAGCGGAAAAUUUUAAUUUGGCCGAUGAAUCUCGACGUUCCACGUUAAAAUUAAAAAAGGGAAAAGUCAAAGAAAAAAUCAAGGAGAAAAAGUCCAAGAAAAGUAGUAAAAAAGAUGCUGACAAAGAUGUGGACGAAACCGAAACUAAACAUAAACGUCAUACCUUGAGAAAGUGGUUUUAAAAGUGUAUUUUUUUUUCUUUCAAAUUUAUCCAAAGUACGUUUCCCCAACUACAUUAAAUAAUGUUUUAUGCCAGUGCUUAAUACUUUUAUAAAUGUUUUUUAUGCAAGAUCAGAUAUUUAAAGAAAGGUUUAAACCAUUGAGUAGAAAUAAAAAAAAAGUUGUUUGAUACUUUUAUCAAAUUAAAAUAA